AUGGAAGUAGCUUUGCACGUUCAAAGUUGCAGAAAUACAGUUCUAAAUGAGAUAAACCCUCUAAAGAUUAAACCUUUUGUUGGGGUUUUUCCUACCAGAAGACCAAACAUGUUCUCACAGUUCAUACACAAGGAUUCUAUGGUAGUUGGAGUUUCACAUCAAAUAAUUGCAAGUUCAGAUUUUUCCAGUAGAAGACGACGAAAGUAUGUUAAUGCUAGAUCGAAACAUGCUGCACCAAAAGGGUACUUGCCUAAACCAAACAAUCAGAGGAGAAUGGGUGAAGAUUUAAAAGGUUCAAAGGUUAAAGAGUAUGUGAGUUCCAAUCAAAAUGGGAUUGAUACCAAAUUUAUAGUAGAUCAAGUCCAUAAAGCUGAAAUGGAAAAAGACAUUGGAGCUCUUAUUGAUGAUGUAUCAAUGGAAGAACAUUUAUGGAAAGAACAAGUGGAAGCAAAGAUACAUAAACAAGAGAUGGAAGAAAAGUUACGUAAACAAGAUAUGGAUGAAUUUCUACGUAAAAAGGCGACGAAAGCAAAAAUUCGUAAGCAACAAGUGGAUAGGCUUGUUAUUGAGAAUGUUCUAAGAAAUGAGAAAGUGUUUAGUUAUCCCGAGGUUCUAAGGCCUGAUCGAGGAAUAGAAAUAUUCCUCAACAAAAAUGCUUCUACUUUAAUAAACGAAACAGAUGUUUUGAUCAUAGGAGCGUUUAAUGAUUGGCGAUACAAGUCUUUUACCGAAAAGUUAAGCAAGACACAUCUAACGGGUGAGUGGUGGUCAUGCAAGAUUCAUGUUCCAAAGGAAGCAUAUAAGAUAGACUUUGUGUUCUUUAAUGGGAAAGAUGUUUACGAGAAUAAUGACAUGAAAGAUUUUUGGGUACCUGUGGAGGGUGGAAUGGGAGCUGUUGAAUUUGAAGAACUUCUGCUUGAGGAAAAGAGACAAGAUCUUGAGAAACUUGCAAAAGAGGAAGCAGAGAUGGAAAAACAAAAAGAAGAAGAAAGAGAGAUUGAAGCAGAAAAGGCUGCAAGUGAAACAGAUAGAGCGGAAGCUAGGGCCCAAGUGAAUAAAAGAAGAGAAAAACUAGAACAAGUUUUGAACAAGACAGCCAAGUCUUUUGACAAUUUAUGGUACAUAGAACCUAAUGAGUUCAAAGGCAAAGAUACAGUGAGAUUAUAUUAUAACAAGGGUUUAGGUCCACUUGCUAAAGUUAAAGAUUUAUGGAUCCAUGGAGGGUAUAACAACUGGCAAGAUGGAUUAUCCUAUGUCACGAAGCUUGUAAAAGCUGAGGAAAACAAUGGCGAUUGGUGGUAUGUUGAUGUUUUUGUCCCCACUCGAGCGCUUCUCUUGGAUUGGGUUUUUGCGGAUGCUCCACCUCAGCAUGCCAUUGUUUAUGACAACGAUCUUCAGAAUGAUUUCCACGCUAUUGUCCCUGCAUCUAUGCCUCAAGAUCUCUAUUGGGAGGAGGAAGAACGUAUUAUAUACAAGAAACUUCAUGAUGAGAGAAAGUUAAGAGAAGAAGAAACUCGUGCCAAGGCUCAAAAAACGCAACGUAUGAAAGCUGAAACAAAACGAAGAAGUAUGAAAACAUUCUUGUUGUCACAAAAGAAUAUAGUCUACACUGAGCCUCUUGAUGUCCAAGCCAGAGAACCUGUGACAGUUUUCUACAAUCCUGCUAACUCCGUGCUAAACGGAAAGCCUGAAAUAUGGUUUAGAUGUUCUUUUAAUCGCUGGACACACCGCAUAGGCCUUUUACCGCCACAGAAAAUGUUGCCUGCAGAUGAUGGUCUGCAUGUCAAAAUAUCAGUUAAAGUGCCGCUAGAUGCAUACAUGAUGGACUUUGUGUUUUCGGAUAGGGAAAGCGAUGAUGGUGCCUUCGACAAUAAAAAUGGUAUGGACUACCACAUACCGGUAUUUGGAGGAGUUGCAAAGGAACCUCCAAUGCAUAUUGUUCAUAUUGCUGUUGAAAUGGCUCCAAUUGCAAAGGUGGGAGGCCUUGCUGAUGUUGUCACUAGUCUUUCACGUGCCGUUCAGGAUUUAAACCACCAAGUGGAUAUCAUUCUUCCCAAGUAUGAUUGUUUGAAGUUAAGCAACGUGAAAAAGCUUGGUUUUCAUAGGAGCUACUUUUGGGGUGGGACUGAAAUAAAAGUUUGGUUAGGAGAAGUUGAAGGUCUUUCGGUCUACUUUCUCGAGCCUCAAAACGGGCUAUUUUGGGCAGGCUGCAUUUAUGGUUGUAGGAAUGAUGAAGAACGGUUUAGGUUUUUCAGCCAUGCUGCUCUUGAAUUUCUUCUUCAAAGAGGAUCACUUCCCGACGUGAUUCAUUGCCACGAUUGGUCGAGUGCACCUGUCGCAUGGCUCUUAAAGGAUCAUUAUAUGCAUCAUUCGUUGGGUAAAGCAAGUGUUGUCUUCACAAUUCAUAAUCUUGAAUUCGGGGCUCAUUUGAUUGGAAAAGCAAUGGCGUAUGCGGACAAGGCUACGACAGUUUCUCCAACCUAUUCACAUGAGGUUGCUGGAAAUCCAGUUAUUGCACCUCAUCUGCACAAGUUCCAUGGGAUACUUAAUGGAAUCGACCCCGAUAUAUGGGAUCCAUAUAAUGAUAAGUUUCUUCCUGUAUCUUACUCUGCAGAUAAUGUUGUUGAAGGAAAACGGGCAGCUAAAGAAGCCUUGCAACACAAACUUGGCCUAAAAAAGGCUGAUCUACCCUUAGUUGGAAUCAUCACACGGUUGACACAUCAGAAGGGAAUCCAUCUCAUCAAACACGCCAUUUGGCGCACCCUGGAUCGUGGGGGACAGGUUGUACUACUAGGCUCAGCACCAGAUCCUAGCAUCCAAAAUGAUUUCGUGAAUUUGGCCAGUCAACUACAUUCGUUGCAUAAUGAGCGGGCACGUUUAUGUUUAACGUUCGACGAGCCUCUGUCACACUUGAUAUAUGCCGGUGCCGAUUUCAUCUUAGUGCCCUCUAUAUUUGAGCCAUGUGGGCUAACUCAACUCACUGCGAUGAGAUAUGGUUCGGUGCCUAUUGUGCGCAAAACUGGAGGACUCUACGAUACCGUAUUUGAUGUCGAUGAUGAUAAAGAUAGAGCACAAUCUCAAGGUCUCAAACCAAACGGUUUCAGUUUUGAAGUAGCUGAUAUUGCUGGUGUUGACUACGCAAUCAACAGAGCGAUAUCUGGUUGGUACGAUGGUCGCGAUUGGUUUAACUCGUUAUGCAAACUUGUGAUGGAGCAAGACUGGUCCUGGAACCGGCCUGCGCUUGAUUACUUGGAGCUCUAUCAUGCAACUCGGAAGUGA